AUGCAAGUCUCUUCACAAUUCACAAAUACCACCCCACAAAGCUUCACUAAAAUUCACCCCAAUUUGAAAAGCUCCACCUUGUUUUCAUUAAUCACAUGCAAAAUUCUCAUCAACCCUUCCAAAACCAAAACUCUGCCCCGGAAACCCCACAAAACGCCGUCGUUUCCAGGGCCGUUAGAGAUCACCAAACCAUUGCGUCAACCAACCCCAGAACUCGAACCGGUCGAACCCAACUCUCCAUUAACUUACCUGAACCCGGUCCAGAGAUUAGCAGCAUCGGUUCUCGACACCGUAGAAAUCUCAUUAAUUGGGCCGUUAGAGAGAGCCCAUAAGUUUCCAAAAACUGUAGACCCGGCGGUUCAGUUGUCGGGAAACUUCGCUCCGGUUCAGGAGUGUCCGGUUCAGCACCGUCUAGAAGUUGUGGGCGAAAUCCCGGCUUGCUUACGUGGCGUCUACCUCAGAAACGGCGCGAAUCCCCUCCACGCGCCCUCAGGUGGCCACCACUUGUUCGACGGCGACGGUAUGAUACACGCCGUGAUGCUGGACAACUCCCCCAGUCGCGCAAGCUAUUGCUGUAGGUACACGCGCACGAGCCGGCUCGAGCAAGAAUCUCGGGUGGGGCGCGCGGUGUUCCCCAAGCCGAUCGGGGAGCUCCAUGGGCACUCAGGCCUGGCUCGGCUAGCGUUGUUCUUCGCUCGAGCCGGGAUCGGCUUGAUCGACGCGGCGCGUGGCACCGGCGUGGCCAAUGCUGGGCUCGUCUACUUCAACGGCCGGUUGUUGGCCAUGUCCGAGGAUGAUCUUCCGUACCAUGUGAAGAUCAACGGUGACGGAGAUCUCGAGACAAUCGGACGGUUUAAUUUCGAUGGUCAACUUAAUUGUCCCGUGAUUGCACAUCCUAAGGUGGACCCGGUGACGGGUGACCUACACGCGCUGAGCUACGACGUGUUGAAACGGCCGUACCUGAAGUACUUCAGGUAUGACAAGUGCGGCAAAAAGACACGUGACUUGGGAAUCGCGCUGGGGCAACCUACGAUGAUUCAUGACUUCGCCAUAACGAGGAAUCACGUAAUUGUUCCGGACCACCAAGUGGUAUUCAAGUUAUCCGGGAUGAUUCGGGGCGGGUCGCCUGUGGUUUACGACCGUAGCAAGCAGCCGCGGUUCGGAAUUUUGUCAAAAAACGACGUCGGUUCAUCCGCGAUCAGGUGGGUUGACGUCGAGGAUUGCUUUUGCUUCCACUUGUGGAAUGCGUGGGAGGAGGAUUCCGCCAAUGGUGAUGAGAUCAUUGUUGUGAUCGGGUCGUGCAUGAGUCCCGCGGAUUCGAUUUUUGCUGAUUACGAAAAGGACCCGCUUCGGAGUGAAUUAACCGAGAUUCGGAUAAACCCGAGGACCCGGAAGUCGACCCGACGGGUCAUUUUGCCGGGUGUAAAUUUGGAAGGAGGGCAAGUAAAUAGGAGGCUUUUAGGGCAGAAGACAAGGUACGUGUACUUGGCAAUAGCGGAACCGUGGCCGAGGUGUUCCGGCAUUGCCAAGGUGGACUUUGAAACCGGUCGGGUUGAGAAAUAUUUGUACCGGACCGGUCGGUACGGGGGUGAGCCAUUUUACGUGCCGGGAAAGAUAGAAAAUAUUGUGGUAAAUGAAGAUGAUCAAGGUUAUGAUGAUGAUGAUGAUGGAUACUUGGUGGGGUUUGUGACGGAUGAAGUGGAGGAGAAAUCAGAAUUGGUGGUUGUGAAAGCUUCAAGCAUGAAACAAGUUGCUUCAGUGAAGUUACCAGCUAGAGUUCCUUAUGGGUUUCAUGGAACAUUUGUAAGUGCGCAGGAUUUAAAGCGACAAGUUUUGAGCUAG